AAUUUUUUAAAUAAGGUUCUGAAUUUAAAUGCCUCCACUCAUGAUUUUGUGGAUAAUUGUGACAAUUGUGAUAAUCUUUAUAAUAUUCAUCUUUCUCUUAGUAAUUCCCCUUUAAUAAAUCUAUGAAAAAUAAUCAAAAUGUGAACAAAGAUGUAUACAGUAAGAUAUUUAUUACAUUAUAAAGAAAUAUAUGAUAAUCCCAUGGCACACAUACAUACAUACACACAUUUUUUGCCUUUCCCCUCUGAUACAUGAAAAGGGAAAUUAUGUGCAGCCAAUGUUCAUAACCAAUGAAUUCUCUCACCCUCCCACCACAGGAAGACUCUUCUAAGGCACCUUUAACCUCUGGUUGUGCACAACUCCCCAAGGUAGCUGGUUCCAAAGCUGUAUAUUGUCCACUUUGAGAACUUUAUUUCUUCACGCCAAAAAUCCUCAUUGUAUUUUGUUCCAUCCAAAAUGAGACUGCAUACAUACUUACCAUGUGAUGUGUUUAGAAAGCUUUACCACACUUUUUCAUUCCUCAUGACAACCUGAGAAGCUUAUAAGCCCAUAGUCCCUUAUCUAUAAUUCCAAAAUAGAAACUCUGACAAAACAAACCUUUGGCCCAAAACCUAACCUUAACCACCAUAAUCCUAUUUAUAGUAUUUACCUCACUUAGUAUGAACAUACAUAUAUUUAAUGGCAGAAAUGUUGGUGCACUUAACUAUAGGGAAAUGUUUUGAACCCCAUUGGGUUAUUCCUUGUUAUAUAUGUACUUAUAUUUCUUUCUAUAAUCUGAAAUAUUUUGAAUUCUAAAACAUAUGUCCCCAAAAGUUUUGAAUAAGGUAUUGGAGACUUGUAUGAUUAUCCCCAUAGCCUAACAAAAGUGAAAAGACUUCUUGUUACAGCUGGUUAUCAAGUCUUUGAUAUCAACACUAUUCUGUGCUCCCCUAGAAGUUUCCACAGAGAACCUCAUGUUCACUAAAUAAACAGCCCCAUCUGUUUGUUCCUCUUAUGCUCUCCACUUAGGUUACUCUCGGAUAUCCUGCUAAUGAUCUGUACCUCUUUCCCAGGGAAAACCCAGAACAUACCACACCAAAGGGAAACCCUAUGAGCAGGAUAUGGCCCAGACAGCCCAGCCCUUGGGCUUACCAAUUUAACCCAAGACUCAGUUUUUAUCUGUUUUCCUUCAGUACCUUUCAGUCUCAGACUCUCUGAGUCAAAAAAAAAAUACUCAAUUAAUGUCAGGGUACAGCUACAUGAAAUUUAGGGAGCCUAAAGAAGCAUGGUUAUCAGACAGCAAGAGAAAGAAAACAGAAGGUAAGGGCUUCUUCUGAGGAGUUCAUCACUAUAGUUUCUUCUCUUAUGCCCUAUUCAUGAAGAAAAACCCUAAUGAGAUCCUCCUCUUCCUACUGAGGAUAUAAAAACACUCUCCUCAUGUUUCUCACCAACAGCCCAACACCCUGUACCUCCCUCAUUCACCUCAAGCUGGAGUCCCCUCAAGAUCUGGAUAUGCACCAUUCUGUUUCUGCUUAUCAAUCUCUUCCACUGUCCCUGUACCACUGCCCCUCUGUCUCCUUGCACCAUCCACCAGUGUACCCCAUGUAAAACUCUUGUCCUUGUGUAUGUCUCUCUUGCUGUACCUUGUCUGUCUCAUUCAGGGUUCCUACCUGGAGAGCACAGAGGUGCCAAUUAUACUAUAACCGGUGACCUCUUCUUGUCAACCAUAAUAAAAAAUGUGCUAAUGGAGCAUUAGGAGGAAAGAACUUGAUUUCACUUAUCUUAACAAGAAUCUUGGAGUUUCUGACUUAGUCCAUUGUGAGUUCUCUUUCAUUGUGCCCAUUUAUCUCACUAAACUUUAUGCUUUCCACUUAGCAUGCACUAACUGAACAGAAGGCAUGGUGGCCUUACCUUUCAAAAGAGGAAUACUGUUUAAUGGUUAGAACUAGAGUUAAGGAGACUUUUCCUGAAUCCCAGAUCCUCUAUAAAUACACUAUAUGCCUUGGGCUAAUUAUUUAACAUCUCUGAGCCUGUUUCUUCACUUGUAAAACGGGAAAAUAGCACCUAUUUCAAGAUAUUACUAAAAGGAUUAACUAAGAUAAUGAUUUCAAAGUAUUUGGCACAGCUCCUAGCACAGAAGAUUUCAUCUUAAUUCUUCUCUUGGAAAAUAGGAAGACAUCCACUGUCAAACUUUUGCUCAAAGACCUAGUACCCAUGCCCAUAGCUCUGUCUCAGAAGACGUGCAUACCCCUAAGUCCAGUUACUUCUCCUUUAGGAAAAUUUUCUUGAUAACCUUCUUUCCCACCCUUCCCCAUCCCCUAAUCAUACCAUCUUAGCCAGCUCAGAAGACAGCCAACUUUGUGGGAUAGAUCUACACAUUGGGCUGGGCUUGGGGGGAGGUACUCCGUACACAUAAGAAAUCUUUCAGGACAUAAAGGAGACUGCAGAGGAACUCAAAGAGAGGACUCCUUAAGACAGAAUGGGAAAGUAAGUACUGGAAAAACCUCUUUACAGUAGUUCUUCAAAGAACUAGUCUUCCAUAGCAAAACACUAGGUGAGAUCUCUGUAGACAUGAGGAUAAGAGCUGGAGUGGGAGAGUAGCUAAUACACAUAAACCAGAUAGAACAGGGAAUGAAGCAUGAAAAAAAAUGUCUUCAAAUUUAUCAGGUUAAUUCUGGCUUCCUGAAAAUUCUCUCCAGUUACUAAGGCAACGUUAUCCCAAUUAGAUUCUUACUCUCUGCAUUGUCACUGUUUAACAUAACACCCUCCUACGCACACACCUACUUUUCAUUACAAUUAAUUCAUUAAUUAAUAAUGGGAAUCAGCCUUUGCUACAUAUUAAAAUUGGCUGAGGAGCUUUUAGAAAUCAUGAUGCCCAGGCAUACCGCAGACCAAUUAUAUCAGAAUCUCUAGAAGAAGGAUCCAGUCAUUUUUAAAGCUCCCAGUUAAUCCCAAAGUGAAGCCAAAGUUGAGAACCACUUCUUGGUUUUCAGUAUAAGUCCUGAACUACAACAUCAUAGGUUGCUUAACAACAGGGGAAAUUCUCUGAGAAAUGCAUUAUUAGGCAACAUCAUUCUUGUGCAAACAUCAGAGUAUACUUACACAAACCUAGAUGAUAACAACAUAUGACACAACUAAGCCAUAUGGUAUAGCCUAUUGCUCCUAGGCUACAACUCUGUAGAGCAUGUUACUGUACUGAAUACCGCAGGCAACUAUGACAAUGGCAAAUAUUCAUGUAUCUAAACAUAGAAAAGAUUAUAUAAACAUACAGUACAAUAUGACAGUAUGGGACCACUGUCAUAUAUGAUUCAUUGUUUACCAAAACAUCAUAGUGUGGCACAUGACUGUACUUUCUCUCACAUCCUUCAGGACCUCCAUCCAACCUCACAAAGAAGUCAAUCUGCAGCUAACAAGAUAGCAAAUGACUUCUGGGAGGCUACUGAAGGGAGGAGAAACCUGAUUCUGUCUCCUUAAAGAACUCAGACCAAGAACCACACACAAACGCACUCAAAGACAUAAAAAUGCUCCCUACAUUUUCCACCUUUAAAGCAGAAGGAAGGAUAGGUGACUCAGAAUAUGAAUUACAAGCUGUAGUAAGGAUAGAAAAGGUACUGUCCUUUCUCUACCAGGCACCAUUACCUAGCAGGACCUCUAUGACCUCAUGCUGCAGUAGCUCAGAGCCCAAGGCCUGGGGCCUCACCUCCCUGGGCAGCUUGGGGUUCCUGCAGCAGCCACUGCCCUGCCCCAUCCCUCCCACACCACACCAUGUUGGUUGGUACCCCCCACCUGUUAACACUGGAUGAAGCCGAUGCCACUUGGACCCUCAUCAAGGAUAAGGUUAUCGAGGAGCGCUUUGGGUCCAAUGUAGUGGCAGUACCUUUCCUGUCGGAUGCAGCCUGCUAUGACCUACUAGGUGUGCUAGUGAAACAGUCCCGCCCUGCCCACACCCGCCUGGCUUUACCAGGUCGGCAGGGCCGGAGGGCACUGAAACCAGUGGGGCCGCUACCAAACCUCCUGGAGCAGACAGGGUCCGAGGGUAACUUUGCCCACUGCACUCAGGAAUACUCACCAAAUGGCCGAGCAGAGAUAGCCUAUGAAGAGAUGCGCCUGUUGGAUGGGCAGCCCUGCCGGAUCCGCCUACAUAUGGGUGGCCUGCGCAAGAAGGUAGCUUUCCUGCUUCUGCCACCAGGGCAGGUGAGCCUACAGCAGACUCUUCCCUGGCUCAGAAGCACCCACAGCAUCUAUGUCAUCUACCAGGUCUUCUCCUGCUCCUGGCUGCAGCUGGGUCUAAUGCCGACAGCCCAUGAGCCCCAGCUGCUCCGGUUACAGCGGUCACUGCCUAUUGCCUUCUCCUGCCUCAAGUUUUCACUGCAGCCCAAGGGUAUGCUGGGACCACAGAAGCCUCUGACCAAAGACCCGUUACUCCAUGGAGCCAGCUGGGUCAGACCCAACCUCAGCAUUACACCACCUCUGGCCCCUACAUCAGCACCUGCUGAUAUCCCUGAAGCUGCUGAUGUGCCCCAACCUGUCCCUCCCCCACCUACACCACCUCCCCAGGAAGGGCCAGAGGGAAGACCUACCAGAUUCUCCUACAAGGGCCGAAAUCCCUUCCGGAGGGGACCCCAGAUGCUGUCAGAGAACUGGCUCUUCAGCCCCCGCAGCCCCCCACCAGGAGCCCAGGGUGGGGGCCCCGGGGACCCCGACCGGCACUCCAUGUCCCUGCCCCUGCUGCAGGGUCUGUCCUCAGAGUUCGACAGCGACGAGUGAAGCCGAAGCAAGAGAUGCAGGGGGCAAGGCCCCCAACAUCUGGCAUAGGGAUACUGGUCCCCAAUAAACAUCAGCUGCUGCUCCCCCAAACCAUCCUGAGCCCAUGCUGCUUAUUCCUUCUGGAGUCUAAGAAGGAAGAGAAUCCCCACUAUCUUCUCUAGGCUUCAAGUCCCUUCACCCUCUGGAGCAAUAAAGGGUACUUUGAAACCCUGACAUUAACAUCCUCACAAAAGAGAAAAUACCCCUGACCA